AUGGCAAAUCUAGUGAUCAAUGAUAUAUUGGACGAAUUAAAUGAAGAAAACGGUCGACUAAUGUCUGAAUUAGUUUUCAGUAAACAAGUGAUUGAAUUGUUUGAUAAAUACAGACAUUUAGUUAAGAGUUUGCAAACAAAUUGUUGUUGUAUUGAAAACAAUGAAUUGAAAACACAAUUGAAUUCAUUGGAUGUGCAAUACAUUCAACGGAAAACUAAUGGUAAAAGUAAUGUCAAAAAUGCGGUCAAAAUUAAUACUGAAACUGUGGACACAUCGAGUAGUGAUAAUUCACUGAAGACACGGAUUAAUAUUUAUUUCAAUAAACAAACAGAAGUGUUGUCCACAAGUGUCCAACACUUGAACUCUGCAGUCAAACGACACAAUAAUGUUAAUAAUUGUAAUAUUAAUGAUAAUUACAAUACAGAAACUAUAGACUAUGAUAUGAUUGAUGGAUCAAUAGAUAGUGAUAGUGAUGUUAAGCCACAGAUCGAAAUACAAAGCAGACCAUUACAGGGACCGGCAGUUCAUAAGUGUGAUUAUAAGGACUGUGGCCAACAAUUUAAGUAUAUUUGUCAACUUAAGACACACGUACGGGUCAAACACAACGAGGAACGACCGUUCAAAUGUAGUGUCGAUGGCUGUGGUAAACGUUUCUAUCGAAAAGAUCAUCUAAAACACCAUAAGAUUAAAGUACACAAAGAUGGUCAACCGUUUACCGGUUUACCACAGAAACAGCCGACUGUUUGUGACUACGAGGGUUGCGGCAAAACAUUUCGAUGCAAAAGUGAAUUAAUAAGACAUACGGCAGUCAAACACACGGCUAAUAAACCGUUCAAAUGUCCCGAUUGUGACCAAACGUUUGCCAUUCAGAAGUAUUUGGGUGAUCAUCGGCGGCGCAAUCAUUCGCUGGCUGUCUUCCAGUGUCGAUACGAUGAGUGCGGCGGCAAACUGUUUAAGAGAGAGUCGCAACUCAAACACCAUUACUUGAGACACGAAAAUCGUUUGGAGAGACGAUACAAAUGCGAUGUCGACGGUUGCGAUAAAAGUUUCUAUAAAAGCAAUCACCUGAGGGAUCAUAAGUCUCUGGUGCACAGCGAUGAACGGCCGUUCGGAUGCGAUUGGCCCGGAUGUGACAAACGAUUCAAAAUUGCCAAAGAAUUGGGCAGACAUAGAGAACGGCACGCGGGUGUCCGUCAGUAUCGGUGCACAGUUGAUGGUUGCGAUAAGUCGUACAUUACGACCGGUGGUUUGGAUCAACACAAGAGAGUACAUACUAAGCCAUACCGGUGCUCGUGGCCGGGAUGUGAGGUCAGAUACGGUGCCAAUGAUAAACUUCGGGACCAUUUGAACGGACAUCAGGGUAUCAAACCGUUUAGUUGUCAUUUUCAGGGAUGCGAUGUCAGCUAUAGUAGCCGCGCAUCACUGAGAAUGCAUUGGAGACAAACACAUAAAUAUAUUAAAACUUACCAUGAUAAGUUUAAAAUGAUGGCAAAUCUUGUGAUUACGGAUGUAUUGGACGAAUUGAAUGAAGAAAACGGUCGACUAAUGUCUGAAUUAGUUUUCAAUGUUGAAUAUAUGACCAUAAAGUCAAUUAAAAUAACGACAACAUCUGCGGAUCAAAUUAUUUACAAUAAAGUAGUCGAUGAUAGAAGUGGUAAUAAAAUCAAUGACAAUGAAAAACAUAAGACAACGACUAAAACUGCGGACAAUCAUAACGACUAUAAUAUUAUUAAUAAUACGAAAACUGUGGACACGUCGGCCGAUACUGUGAUGAAUGAACCGAUCAAAAGUGGUAAAGAUAUGAUACACAUACAGAUCAAACACAAUCCGGCGGAUCGACUGUUCAAAUGUGAUUGCGAUGGCUGUGACAAGCGUUUCAAACGAAAAGAGCACAUCAAACAACAUAAGAGAUAUGUUCACAGCGAUGACCGGCCAUUCAAGUGCGACAAAUGUGACAAAAUGUUUACAUUUGGACAAAAUCUGAAGAAUCACCAGAAGUCUGUGCACACGACUGUCCAAAAAGUUUAUAACUGUUGUUACGACGGUUGCCAUAAAGUAUUUCGGUCUGAAAGCAAUCUGAAAGUGCAUUACUUGAGACACGAAAAUCGUUUGGAGAGACGAUACAAGUGUGAUGUCGACGGUUGCGAUAAAAGUUUCUAUCAAAGCAAUCACCUGAGGGAUCAUAAGGCUCUGGUGCACAGCGAUGAGCGGCCGAUUGCGUGCGAUUGGCCCGAAUGCGACAAACGAUUCAAAAUUGCCAAAGAAUUGGUCAGACAUAGGAAUCGGCAUUUAGGUGUCCGACAGUAUUGGUGUACAGUUGAUGGUUGCGAUAAGUCGUACAUUACGUUAAGUAGUUUGGAUACACAUAGGAAAGACCAUACUAAGCCAUACCAGUGCUCGUGGCCGGGAUGUGAGGCCAGAUAUGGGGCUAACGAUAAACUCCGGGACCAUAUGAAUGUACAUCAGGAUAAAGACAGUCAAUCUCAAGGAUCAUCGACUGUCCAUAAAUGUGAUUACAACGGUUGUGAUAAACAAUUUAGAUUUAUUUAUUUGCUUAAGAAACACAUGCAAAUCGAUCACAAAGAGCAGCGACCGUUCAAAUGUGAUGUCGACGGCUGUGACCAACGUUUCUAUCAAAAAGCUCACAUCAAACGACAUCUGAGUUAUGUUCACAGCGAUGACCGGCCGUACUGGUGUGAGUGGCCGGGAUGUGGCCUACGGUUUAAAGAUAAUGCAGUGUUGAAGUUACACAGUAAGCAACACACCGCAGACAGCGAUGGUUGUGGUGGUGAUAGUGUCUACAAGUAUCGGUGCGAUAGAGAUGGAUGCGAUAAAGUCUAUGAUAAGGAAAAGUCAUUAAAACAACACUACUAUAUUCAACACAAUACUAAACGACAAUUUAAAUGUUAUGUCGACGGUUGCGAUCAGACAUUGGCCAAUAAAAAUCAAUUGAAAUCUCAUAUCCAGAUUAAACAUAACAUCACUACUACCAGUAAGUGCCGGCCCUUCAAGUGUGACAAAUGCGACAAAACGUAUACCAAUCGGUCAAAUGUGAAGAAACACCAAAAGUAUAUCCAUUCGGAUAUCCCGAGAGAAUUCAAGUGUCGUUACGACGGUUGCGAUAAAGUAUUUCGUUUUGAAUCGACUCGUAAACAACAUUAUCUAAGACAUGAAAACCUGUGGUUUAGACGAUUCAAAUGCGAUGUCGACGGCUGUGGCAAAAGUUUCUAUCGUAGGGCACAUCUUAACGAACAUACGACUUAUUUGCAUAGUAAUGACCGGCCGUUUGCGUGCGAAUGGCCCGGUUGUGACAAACGAUUUAAAUUAAUGGAAAAUCUGAAACAACACCGCGAAAUACAUUCGGGUGUCCGCAAGUAUCGGUGCGAUUUUGACGGAUGCAAUAAGACAUUUAUUACGGCAACCGGAUUGGACUCACAUAAAAGAUUUAUUCAUCGAAAAGACAGACCCUAUGGGUGCAGUUGGCCCGGAUGUGAGACCCGACUGGAGAGUCGUAUUAAGCUAACAGAUCAUACCUAUGAACACCAGGGCCUCAAACCACAUAAAUGCCAUUUCCCGGGUUGUCUGAUGAGCUAUAGUUAUAGGGGAUCGUUGAGAAUGCAUUUAAGACAAACACAUAAAUAUAUUAAAACUUACCAUGAUAAAACAUAG